GAUUUGGCACUUUGGUUGUUUGGAAGAGGUGUGGCUUUCUCGAAAACGUUCAUCACGAGUCUCUGACUCACAUGAGUUUACAACGCGUACCUGGAACCCGACACAAGAAACAGUGAGAGACUGGAACGUGUACGAAGUUGGGGAUGCCGGAUUUCCGCCGGAACUAGGCAUAGUUUGUUAAAUUAGACUUGUCAAGUUGAUGUUCUGUAGAAAUCAAACCUAACAGCAACAGGUGUCAGAAUGGAGCAACAUGCUGGAGCCAUUCUGAGUCCCAUGGAACUGUUUGCUGAGAAGGAGCUGGUCACAGUUGCUGCUCCAAUGGUGCGCUACUCAAAGUUGGCAUUUCGAUCAUUGGUACGCAAGUAUGGGUGUGACUUAUGCUUUACACCCAUGAUAGUGUCAGACUCCUUUGUUAAAUCUGAAAAGGCUCGGCACAGCGACUUUAGCACCAGCACUGAUGACAGGCCGCUCAUCGUUCAGUUUGCAGCCAGUAACGCUGAGAGCCUGGCAUCAGCUGCAGCGCUCGUCGCGCCGCACAGCUCAGGAUGUGACCUGAACUGCGGCUGUCCUCAGAGGUGGGCGAUGCAGGAGGGCUACGGAGCGUGUCUUAUCCACAAGCCUGAGCUGGUGGCUGAAAUGGUGAGACGAACGCGCGCUGUUGUCGCCAACCCGCACUACACGAUCUCUGUCAAGAUCAGGAUACAUAAAGACACCAGGUCGACGGUGUCUCUGUGUCGGCAGCUUGAGGCGGCAGGCGUGUCGUUCCUGACAGUGCACGCGCGCACCUCAGAACAGCGCUCUGAGCCCGUGGACUUGGAGACGCUUGCUGCCGUCGUGAGUGCCGUCGAUGUGCCGGUCGUGGCCAACGGCGACAUCAGGAGUCUCGAGGACGCACACCGCGUGCAGCGGAUCACAGGUGUCAGAGGUGUGAUGGCAGCUCGGGGUCUAUUGGCCAACCCUGCAAUGUUUGCUGGCGAGGACUACACGCCUCUUAGCUGUGUCGAGGACUGGAUCAAGAUCAGCUUAGAGACUGGGGCUCACUUCACUAACUUCCACCAUCACCUCAUUUACAUGCUAGACAAGCAACUAAGUCGAGCUGAACGUAGAUACUUCAACAGCUUGGCUAGUGUUGUCGGAGUCACCGAAUACCUGCGAGAAAAAUAUGACCUUAAUCUCUAAAAGAGUCGUUUUUCUAACACAGUUUAUGUU